AUGCAGAUAGACUUCCUCAAGAUUCUUAGGAAUUAUGACAUCACUGUCUACUUUGUUGCGUUUGAACUCUUGGGAAUAAGAACAGACGCUGCAUCUGGGCAAGGACCUCUUCCUGACGGACAGGAUCUAUAUUACAAAACAGUUAGAAUAUCACCUAUUCUAUCGGUUCCUCAAAGCAUAGUUCAGUCACCUCUCCUCAAGGUCUCUCACAAGGACCAUGGCGCUAUCCCUCGGCAGAAGCGCAACGUGCUUUUCCCCAGCGGGGUCAAACUUUGUGCUGAAGAGAGCAUGCAACAAUCCAUCGCAAAUCACCUCAGCUACUUUCACCUGCGAGUGUGCCAGGAGACGGUGUGGGAGGCCUUCAAGAUCUUCUGGGACCGCCUCCCGAACCAGGAAGAGUACCAGAUCUGGAUGAGCCAAUGCCUGGACGGCACAGCCACCGCUCUGGCGAUGGGCAACAACUUUAGCCAAUCAAAGGAGCUCCUGGCCCUGGUUGAGAGUAGAAUGUUGCUGACAGGGUUAAAAAGUGAGCCCAACAACUCACGGCUACAUACGUGCAGCACCCCGACUACAGCCACAGAACAGGAGGCCCAAGGAGAGGUCAUCAUAGAAGGGGCAGAGGUGGAGCUUCCCACAGAACCCACCAAUGACAUAGAGAUGGAAGUGUUGGUGCGGCCCACGCGGGCCCAGUUGGAGCAGGUGGUUGAGCUGAGUAUCUUGCUGAAGGGAGAGAGGUACAGCGAUGCUCUAAGAGACACUGCCAGCUUCCAGUACCAGACACUCAACCAGCAGUUCAUUGACAAGAUAGAAGAUGCUCUGGGGGGACUGCCAGGCUUGAAGAGUGUGACUGUGCUGGAGUUCAGGUUGGAUGGCGUGGUGGUGGUCUAUGCGGUGACGGUGGAGGUGGAAGCGGAGGGGGUGAGCAGUGAGCAGUUGGACUACCUGACCCUGCAGUCCAACCUGGUGGAGAACUCCUACAGAGAGCUGAAGGAGAGGCCCACAGUGGUCUACAACAUCACUGACUUCAGGAACAACGUCAGUGAGGCCCUGCAAAAUGACAACAUCAUCAGAGAUACAACCCUGGCCCUGGACCCUGACUUACUGCAACUAAAGAGUGUGUCCAGUGUUCCUGAGUCCAUUGAGUCCACGGCUGGAAUUACCAAGGAUGACUGGGUGGAAAUCUUGGCUGCUGAGAUGACCCCAGAUGCCCCCGAGGUUAAAGCUGAGGAUGUGACGAUGGGGGAGAAUGAUGUCAUCAUUCUGGAGGAGAGCGUGACCCUCCCCCCUAAGCCUGAGGUGACCAUCAAUGACACAGGCAUGGAGGAGGAGGGUCUGCUGUUGGGGAACACUGUGGCUAUAGAGAGCCCUCCCCUGGAGCACCUCCCCGCAGACCCUAUCUCCCCCGAGCAGCCAGAGGGCACUACGGUCCCCAAGCCUCCUCUGGAGAUAGAGGCCUCUGGGUCAGGUGUUGACAGACUUGAGGACCUGCCCUUCCAGUCCAAGGAAGAAGAAGAGUCAGCAUCGGCUGCAGAAGAGGAACAUACCAUAGAAGAAGAGGUAGUUUUGGAAGAGGUGAUCAUAGAGGAAGAGAUCUUAACAGAGGAAGCAGAAGCGGAGGUCCCUGAGGAAGAGGAGGUAGAGGAGGAAGCAGUGGAGGUCCCUGAGGAAGAGGAGGUAGAGGAGGAAGCAGUGGAGGUCCCUGAGGAAGAGGAGGUAGAGGAGGAAGCAGUGGAGGUCCCUGAGGAAGAGGAGGUAGAGGAGGAAGCAGUGGAGGUUCCUGAGGAAGAGGAGGUAGAGGAGGAAGCAGUGGAGGUCCCUGAGGAAGAGGAGGUAGAGGAGGAAGCAGUGGAGGUCCCUGAGGAAGUGGAGGAAGCAGUGGAGGUCUCUGAUACUGCAGAGGUUCUAGAAGAAGAAGCUGAACCCUCAGAAAACCUUGAGUACUCCAUCCUAGAGACAGAGACCAUAGAAGAGUUGGAGGAAGAGAACCCUGCCUUUGUCCCUGUGGAAACGAUGGAAGCUCCCGAGCCAGCGGAGAACCUUAAUGUCCCCGAGAAUGCCAUGGAGACUGUAUCCCCAGAUGAGCCUGAAGAAGAGGCUAAUAAGGUGUUGGCCCAUCCAGAAAUAUCAGGAUAUGGAGAGGAAGUUAAGAGCUUAGAGGAGGGACCAAUCAUCGAGGAGCCAGUAACUGGAGAGGAUGCCUUGGAGGUGGAGGAAGAGGUGGCAAAAGAAGAAGUGGUGAUGGAACUUCUGGAUAUGACUGAGAUCUCGGUGGACAACCUGGUAGAAGACGAGAUGUUAUUGGUCGACGAGGCUGUUCCAGAGGCCGCUCACCCCACCACUCUUUCUGCAGAGAAGGAGUCGCCCUUCACCCAAGACUCUGAUGCCGUAGUAGAAGAAGAGGCUACAGAGGCCACAGGCCUAGACACAGCCCCAGAACCGGAGGCAGAAGCAGAGGACCAGGGGGUCAACCCAGCUCUCACACCCGCCAAAUAUUACCCUGGCCCAGACAUUUCCAUCACUCUGGAGCUGCAGACGAUAGGCCCUAUGACAGACUAUGACCUGGUCCCCUUCGGUGGCACCAACCAAACAGAGGAGGGAAGCAGCGGGUACCCCUCUGGAGGGGUACAUGGUGUGGACCACAGCGUUGCCAUGCCAAUCAACCCUGGGCGGGCGCUGAUGGUGUUCUUCAGUCUGAGGGUAACCAACAUGAAGUUCUCAGAUGACCUCUUCAAUAAGAGCUCCCCGGAAUACAAGGCCCUGGAACAAAGGUUCAUAGAGCUGCUGCUCCCCUACCUCCAGUCCAACCUUAGUAACUUCCAGAACCUGGAGAUCCUGAACUUCCGGAACGGGAGUAUUGUGGUCAACAGCCGGAUGAAGUUCGGGAAGCCGGUGCCUCGCGGCGUCAACAAUGCAGUCUACCUGAUCCUGGAAGACUUCGCUAACACAGCCUACAAGACCAUGAACCUGGCCAUCGACAAGUACUCACUUGACGUAGAGUCAGGUGACCAGGCCAACCAGUGUAAGUUCCAGGCGUGUAAUGAGUUUGCACAGUGUUCUGUGAACCGCUGGUCUGGCGAGGCGGAGUGUGUGUGUAACGCUGGAUACUUCAGCGUGGACGGACUGCCCUGUCAGAGCAUCUGUGACCUACAGACAGACUUCUGUAUGAAUGACGGGAAGUGUGACAUCAUACCUGGACAGGGGGCCAUCUGCAGAUGUCGUGUAGGGGAGAACUGGUGGUACCGUGGAGAACACUGUGAAGAGUACGUGUCAGAACCGCUGGUAGUCGGCAUAGCGAUUGCCUCCGUAGCCGGUUUCCUAUUGGUGGCUUCCGGUGUGAUCUUCUUCCUGGCAAGGACACUACGGGAUCAGUACGAUAAGGAUGAGACAGAAGACCCCUCAGGCGAAGGGGAGAGUAUCCCGUCUCUAGAGAGGGCCACUAAGUACAACCCCAUGUAUGAGAGUGAGGCUACGACUGGCUAUAGCCACUACUACCGCCGCUACCCAGAAGCCCCGGUCUACAGCAGCGCCAGCGCAGAGGCCUCCACAGACUUCAGCAGCGAGGAGAUACGCCACAUCUACGAGAACAGCGAACUGACCAAGGAGGAAAUCCAGGACAGGAUACGCAUCAUCGAGCUCUACGCGAAGGACCGGCAGUUUGCAGACUUUGUGCGGCAGCAUCAAACUGCCCUGGAUACACGCAGAGAGAGCACUCUUGAUACACGCAGAGAGAGCGUGUCCACGUAGACCUGUUCGGGACUCUCAGCUGUAUGCUGUGAAGAACAGGGUGCCCUAUUCUCUUGUCCCGUCCUGCUUCCUCCUUUCUCAGUGCCUUCUCUCGAUUGGGUGAGCUCUGCUGGAAUGGCUGUGGUGGCUGUGGGCAGAUCUUCUGCUCAUUGGAUGUCUUCCUUUUGGGGGAAGACCUGCCUCCCUCCAUUUAGAAUUAUAUUUGUUACCUGAAAUGAUGACAAACAAAAUGCAAUGCUGUCUAGGAUACCUGUUCUUCAGGUAGCAGAUAAGACAUGAUAAAGUCUUUCCUUUGCAUUUAACGUCAUAUCUCAGCCCGUAGAUGUUAAGGGAAGAACGUAGCGCUCUGAAAGUGUAAAUAUUGAUCCAUUGGAAUGUUGGAUAUGUACUAUAAGGUGUCAUUGUCACUGUAUCUGCUGUUGUACAUAUUAUGUAUGAACUAGAGCCAGUUCUCAAAGGAAUGGUUUAUACCAGCGGUGCACAGCUCAGGCCUUCAGGUAGCUCAGGCCUUCAGGUAACUCAGGCCUUCAGGUAGCUCAGGCCUUCAGGUAGCUCAGGCCUUCAGGUAGCUCAGGCCUUCAGGUAGCUCAGGCCUUCAGGUAGCUCAGGCCUUCAGGUAGCUCAGGCCUUCAGGUAGCUCAGGCCUUCAGGUAGCUCAGGCCUUCAGGUAACUCAGGCCUUCAGGUAGCUCAGGCCUUCAGGUAGCUCAGGCCUUCAGGUAGCUCAGGCCUUCAGGUAGCUCAGGCCUUCAGGUAGCUCAGGCCUUCAGGCAUCUCAGGUCCUCUGCAGGGACUAAAACCAGCAGGCAUUGUUGCCCUCUGGACCAGAGCUGUGUGCCCUUGUACUAUACCCAGCUGUAGGUUGUGGGAGAUUGAGAGCAGCUGACUGGCCAGUGUCUGUGCUGUCCUUGGUGCUAUGGGGCCUGUCUCUGUUGUCUGGGUUUCUGGCCAGUAGUAAGCCUGGGUAGUGUUCUCCUGAAGUUGGGCAGAAGUUUGCUGGAUGCACUCUGUUGGCAAAUCUCAAGUCUCAGCCCUACAUGGUGCUGGUGAGAAGUAGUCACUUUCUUUCAGGAAAAGUGGAAAAUGUAGGGUAAAUCUUCAAUUUUUAUUCUGCUGCAAUAAAUUCCCUUCUCUCUCUCCCUUUCUCUCUCACUCUACAUCAGGAAUCAGUUUGUUUUCUGUCGAAAAAAAAAGUGUUGAGAGAGCGAGCGCGAGAGAGAGAAGAGAGAGAAAGACAGGGAGCGAGAGACAGGGAGCGAGAGACAGGGAGCGAGAGACAGGGAGCGAGAGACAGGGAGCGAGAGAUCGAGAGAGAGAGGAGAGAGAGGGAGAGAGGGGAAAGAGAGGGGAAAGCGAGGGGAGAGAGAGGGGAGAGGGGAGAGGGAAGAGAGAGCACGGAGAGAGAAAUAUUUUGCCUGAGGACCAAAAUAUAAAAGAAAACACAUUUAGAAUGGAAACAAUCUUCAAGGGAAAAGAAAGCAAACCAAAGAUUUUAUCAGGCAGUCUGUUUUCAGAUAUAAUGCGAUAGAAAAGAGCAUUAAAUGUGAAUGGGUACACAACAUGUGCUCUGUGGAUAAGCAAACUCUUAACUGCAGCUUUUACUUCAAUUGAAUUCACCAGCAAUGUGAAAAAGGUCCAUUCUGUAACCACUAGUUUGGCCAUUAUCCAUGAUUUUCAACCUGUAAGCAUUUCACAUUGAGAAGAGUGGUUUCCAUGUUGUUCGUUUGGUAUUUUCAUCUGUUCCUCCACGGGUCACAUGCUUGACCCUUCUUAUGUUCGGAGUGAAUCCUCAGUUGCAACUCUUCAAGCUAUAGAUUUCCUUUAUCACGUUUGUUUUGAAUGUGAAUAGUCAUAGGUCAUAAGAAUAGACAGGAUGAAUCUCAAAUGGCAGCCUAUUCCCUAUAUAGUGCGCCACUUGCCUAAAGUAGUGCACCAUAUAAGGUAAAAGGUCCUAUUUGGGACGUAGCUACAGAAAUUUAGGAGAUAUUUCAUGUUUUAGGUUCAUGUUAUCCUGUCCUCUUCUCUCAGUUCUCUGUAUGGCUCCACGUAAGUGAAAACACAGGUUACUCUGGUAAAGCAUACGCUGACCUUCCACUUAUGACAACGUCAUGCCUUUGCAAUCUGUGUGUGCAUUUUGAAAUAAAUCUUCUCGUGUGCAUAAAGUGGUUUUCUCGACAUUCUCCACCUCCAUCGGGACAUAAAGCCAACGGUUGGAUUCAGAACUCUGUGAUGUAAAUACUAUCUAAGAGUUAUGGUAUGUAAUUUACACUAGAAUGUCAAUUUGAAUGUGCUUGAAAUGUUGACAUGUUUCAUUGUACAAAGUUUGUUUAUUUUUUUACAUAAGCUCUGGUUUAAUAUUUUUACAAUAUUACAUUACUACUUGCAGUUUUGUCAAUGUUUAUUCUUAAAAAAUAAAGAUUUAAAACAAAGCAAUGAUUAAAAAUACAUGUUUUAUACUAAA